UGGUUGUUUGUCAGUGAUAGCAUUGGAAGGCAUAGCCAAGCAAGACCAAAUAUCUUCAUCCGUAUAAAACACCGCAAGGUGUGGUAAAAAUGGUAUUCUUUGACCCCACUGUUUCUUUCUGCGUGAUGUGGUUAUUGUCUACAGUUCUACCUUGUGUUGCGUUGGUAUCUGCGAGACAUGCUCUUUUGUCCCGCGAUGACACCAGUCUGUCCAAAUUGACGCUAUCUGGCCCAGCCUCGCUCCCAAUAGAUGCAACACCACCCUUAAAUCCCGCCCUCGCAAGUUUCAGUAUUGAAACUACUUCCUUUGAAGAAUUUAUGGGAAAUCAAUCCUAUCCGAACAAAUUUUCUCAGAAUCUCUUUGAGAACCUAAAGGAUAGGACCGGGGUUCCAGCCGAAGUGCGCAUUGGUGGCAUCACCGCCGACUCGACAUUCUGGGAUCCGAACCAGGAGGCUGCGCUGUACAAUUUCAUCGACAGCAAGGGUGUACUAAGAAACACUACGCUUGGACCUCAGUUUUGGAACUCUGUGAAGCUUUUACCAGAAGGGACGAAGAUCGUCAUGACGCUCGAUCUAGAGAGUUUGAAUUAUACCGGAGCUCUUGAUAUGGCCGAGGCAGCAUGGAUGGGUCUUGGUUCACGCCAGAUAUCUCGCUUCGAAAACUUAUACGGCUAUAUGGGAGGUAUUUCUAAUUCUAUUUCUCCAUGGACUGUCAAUAUCUCGAAGGCGUUGGGCAUCGAUUACCCCGAGUUUCAAGUCGGGGCGACUGUUAAAGACCCUUUGUGGCCGUAUAACACCCCGCAAGCAGAUGCACAGUUUGACUGUUACAGCGUUUGUGAUCCAACUAGGGCCGCCGUAGCUACGUUGACCAACCUGGUAAAUCACACACGCCUGGCCGAAUAUUUGGAUCUUUGGCAGCCCCGUAUCCACAGCGUUCGCGCCCAACUUGGACCUGAUGCCUUUGUUAUUGGUGAAUUCAAUUCUGUCUCCUGUGGUGGACGUGCCAAUGUCAGCAACACAUUCGGUCAAGCUAUGUGGCUGUUAGACACGACCCUCUAUGCAGCUUCAAUCAAUGUCUCACGUGUGUAUGUGCAUCAAGGCGGACCUCCUGCACACUAUGACCUUUGGUACCCUGUCGAUAGCCAGAACGGUCCUAUCCAAGUGUUCCCGUCAUAUUCGGCUUACCUCUUCGUGACUGAGGCCAUUGGUUACUCGAAGUCACUGCGUCUUUCAAAUAUCUUCCCAGGGCGACAAGCCAAUGGAUCGUCAAUUACGACCGCAGGUGGUGAUACUUCUGCUGGUCAGAUCUCGGUAUAUGGUUUCUGGGACGAAAAUUCCGCCGACAGCUAUGAUUACCCAACUAAGCUCGCGCUCCUAAACCUUGAGCUCUACAACCAGACGGAUUCGUACCCUCGUCCUAAUAUCACAAUUGACAUAUCUGCGUAUUUGCCGAAGAAGACUCAAGAAGUCAUAGUCAAGAGGCUGACAGCCCCAGGAGCUAAUGUCCUGUCAGCCGAAUUAACGACUUGGGCAGGGCAAACUUUUGCUUCUGGCGUUGCAGAAGGCAACAUUGUAGAGGAAACGGUGUCCGAUGGACAAGUGGUCGUCGAGGCUUCCUCUGCUGCUUUGGUGUAUUGGUAAACGCAGUGUAGCAUGCCAGUGAAA